AUGAGAAAGAGAUUCACGCAAUUCAGGCUGGACACUGUACCAUUAUGCUGUUACNUUGAGCUGAGAUUUGACCUGUUAGAGCACUUAAAUCUCGGUGAUUACCUAGCUCGCACUAAUGAAGUCACUGUGCCGCCAGUGUUCCCACCCAUCUUAAGUGAUAGUAGCAGUGAUGAUACUGAUGAUGGCACCAGCCUUAUGGAGGAACUAGUAAGACUGAGUAGGAAGCAACAGAGCAACGCUGCACCAGAACCUGUUAGUCCAGCUGAUCACCAUGCAAGAGGCUUGCUAGAGAACAAGAACGGUAAGAAGCAUGAUGUUGGAGUGAUGAGUGGUCCAUCUGUGUCCUCCAGAGGGGUCACAGCUAGUCUGGAUCCUUCAACUUCAAGCAGGUCAACAAAUACAGUGUUCUUGGAUUUAAGAAGACAAGAGGAACAAAAUCUGACACAGAGACACCAAGCACUGCCGUCAUCAAUAUGCAGAAUACUUGGGAUUAGUCAUGAUGCACAGUCUGAUUUAUCUAGUAGUUCAGAUGAGGAGGACGACCUUCAACACUGGCAGGAUCAGAGACGGAAAGUCAAAGAAGCUUCACUUUCCUGUGCAAGACAGAAAAGUGGCCACAUUAACCACAGUGAAGCAAAGAGACAACCUGCAAAGAACAAAAAUACCGCUGAAGAACUAAAACCGGAUCACGAGGAGAAUACUGUAAAAUUAGAUAAAACAGUUGUCGAAGACAUCUCUAGGGAAGUGAACACUCACAAGAGUUUUGAAAUUGCAAAGGCACUUGAAACGCACAGCUUAGAUAAUGUACGGCUCAACCAGAAGAAUGAGCAGGAAGUGGUCAAAGAUCUCAGAGAAGUUCCUGUGAGACAGGCAUGGACAGCUUCUUCUGUUGGCUACAAGGACAAACCUUCAAACGAUACUAUCUGCUCUGUAGGUGAGACCAAGACAACAACAACAACAACACAUGCGCCACCACAACAAGAGAUUUCCAACUCUAAAGCAAAACAACAACGUUCACAGGUGUCAUCGCCAAAGAAGAGUACCAUUGAACUUAUUAACAAUAAGAUAUCUACAGAGAAAACAGAUCAAUUGAGCAGUGUUGAUAUUGAGAUUAAGAAGGAUUUGAAUUCUGCAGUAAAUGAAGGGCUCAAGAAACCAGGUGUAAGACAUAAGCUAGUGUUCACUGAGGAGGAGAAGGCCAAAAGGCAAAGACUUCAGAAGAGUUUACAAAAUCUCAAGCCCCAGCUGUCAUCUCACAAGCAUCACUCAGCUGCACCUUGUACACCUGUACUCUUUCAUGAGGAAGCUUCUUAUGAAAGCCACGUUUUGAGUUUACCACGCCUUGAUACAAACACACCAUGUCUGCUGAUGAGUGCUAAGCUGUCCAGCUGUGGGGAAUUGACGGUCAUCCGUCAGGGAGCCAGAAGCGGAGUUACACCAGACACACACUGCUUCUCAAACCUGGUAACCUGGCUCGCCUGUCUAGUUAGUCCCAGUGUGAACACUACAGACUAUGCCGAGAUAUGCGGAGCACCUUUCCAUGUUGUAGGCUUACAGCAAAGUUGGCACGAAGGUCAGCUCAAGAUGGACAUCGGUAUUUGUAGCCGCACCACUGAGAAAGGCGAACAGUCGAGCGUUAACGAUGGAAAAGGAAAAGCUAAGAACAAAGCAAGCAAUUCCUUUAGGCACGCAGUAAGUAAGUUUCUCUCCACGAACACACUCCAUAGUGUGUACACUCGCCUGUCGGAGUGCACUCCCUGCCCGCUUCAGUACCUCGCGGAGUUAUCGAUAAGCAAAAGGAAUUUAUCCACACUACUAACAGUCAAUCCAGACCCUGACGCCAUGCAGCGCGUGUUCGCAGCUAAACCCGGCUUCUUUUGGCAGACCAUGGAGAUGGGAGAUGCACCAACUGAAGAAAAAACCCCUGCUAGGCUCUGCCAGGGACCCGAGAGUCAAAACACGGUCAUGCUGAUGCAGUAUGCUGUGUUCCACCAGCCUUUCUGUUUGUUAGACGUGUUGAUUCGUGUUCGUAACAAGGCUCUGGAUGUCGCUGGGAUCAGGCUGGUCUAUCAGGAGGAGGGACCCCCACUUGAGGAGAAACCAGCUCACGGAUCAGAGGUUACUACUGACAUACCAGUUCUCGGGGAAACAUGCACAGGGUCCCAGAUCCCUCUUUUGGUUCUUGCGUUGCGUGGGCCCAGGGCCAUUUCACAGUGGCAAGACGAGGUGGGACCCGUCGAUGCCAAACUCGCACAAAGAACAGAUCCCAAGUCAUUACGGGCCCUGUACAGCCAUGGGGCCAAGGAAGACCAUCUGUUUUGGUGCCCGCGAAAUGUGCAGGGUGCGGGAACCGAGCUAGCCCGGUGGUUCGGUGGACGGGUCCCGGAAAGUGGCGUUAUUAACAUUGGGUCCAGCGAGCCUGUUGUGACAAUUGAUGAGAAACCUAAAGGUUCUCCUGGCAAAGGGCGAAAUGCCAAGACCCAGUUACUCACGAGCUCGCUCCACAGCACCUGUAGACCACCGCCGUAUUUUUUGACUGCUUGCACCGAUACUAGCGUGUUCUUCAUUGUCUCGCCAGCUCUUCCUGUUAAAUACCUCGGUCGUGUGAUGUGUCUUUGCUUCGAGAGAGGUUACUGCACGCAGGGUAUCAAACGUGUGCAUUUGAAUACUAACCGUCUUAGUGGCCUCGGACUUGCACCAGACCAGCUAAACGUGUUCUGCCCCAAGCGUGUUACCCAAUCAGAAAGCGCCUCUCCUUCGGCUUUACCAGUGGCCUCUACAGUGCUGUUACUCAGAAGAGAGAAUGCACUUCACCACACACUGCCCGUGGUUAAAUCGAUCGUGGACUCCUUAGCGGACACCAGUUUGUCUCAGUCAUGCUUUCUAUCCAUUCCUUACAGCGACUCCAUGUUAAAGCAGCUUGGUGGAGAUUUUUCUAUCACACCAGACCCGGCUGCUUAUCCCGUAGAUCUACUUAGGCAUGCGUUUCACUCUAAUCCCGAACUCGAACAGGUAUGCGUCUUGACUCUGCUGAGGGAGAAGGCUUCCAUCUCGGCAGGCUCCAUCCUGAAUCAGCUUUUGCUUGAAAAAGAAUCUCAGGAAUCGGAAAAGGAGAAGUCGAAUCCUUACUGCGGAUUUGAACUCUUGGGGCUCAAGCUUCUUACCUCGCUUUCGAUGCGCCAAGCUAAGGAGUUCACGCCGUGCAAGAUUGGAGAUGGUCUGUGGAAGAAAAGUCUUCACAUCUUAACAGCGGGGCCUGCGCUGGUUUUAGCGCUCAGAGGUGUAAAUGCGUUUGCUCGGCUACAACGCUUUGUGGACUGUCAUUUGGACUCGUCAAAGUCGAAACGCGCAACGGACAGCAUUUCCUUUGACUUGCUCAUGUCCUGCACGCCCGAACUAGCGUGCAGACAGCUGUCAGUCAUUUUCUUUGACAGGGAGUUGUUCUCUGAUCAAUCCGCGCGUCGAAACCUUCACCUGCUUCCCCCUCCCCGGAGAGUUAUCAACGGUGUUUGCAGUGGCAGUAGUGAGUCGCUGAACGAAUCAGACACGCUAGGGUCGUCUCCCAGCAGGAAGGCGAGGAACAGGCGGGUUGGAUUGAGCAAGUCUUCUCUGAAGCCAUCUCUAAGUAGGGUGGAGACGUUGUGGUAUGCAGACAUGUCGGUCGUUCAAAGCCUUCUGGAGAAGCCUCGGGUCAUACCCACUGUCUGUGUGCUGAAGCCACGCACCGCUCCCAAACAUCUUGGUAAGGUGCUCAAGCGGCUGGGACAGGAAGGGUUCUCCGUGACUGGCAUGAAAAUGAUGAUUCUUUCCUCUACAGAAGUUUCGUCGUUGAUUGCUGAAAAGGAGAGCGAGCUAGAGCGUCACGUGUGUCACAUGACCUCCGGUCCGAUAGUGGCUCUCUGUCUGCAGCGUGAGAAUGCUGUGGGGCGUCUGCUGGAGGUACUCGGUCCCAGUGAUCCUCGUGCAGCAAGGAAGCAGUCCCAGUUCUUUUUGAGGGGUUCUUUUGGCGAGGAUUCCAUUCAGAAUGCGUUCUACGGAUCAGAAACUUACCAAGAGGCCAUCAGAGAUAUCAAGCUGCUUUUUCCUGAGGGUGUUUGUUGUCCUCCUUCUAUGGACCUCAAGGCUGAGGAGAUUCCUUGUCUCGCUCUGGAUGAAGUUUUCAGCGUGACGGCCAACAGAGCGCUUGUGGAACUCUCUACAGAGGAACAGAGUAGAGUGGGCUGCAGCCCUGGCAUGACCCUGUUACCAAGUUCCUUACUAGAGAUCAACUGUUUACUAUUGCUACCGCAGCUGCUGGCUUGUCGCUCUCAGCCAGGCCGACGAAGUAACAUCGUCUAUGCUGAGAUCGUGGAGGCUUUGCUGACUGCAGGGUUUCACUUCCUUGGUUUGAGAAUGGUGUUACUUGGAGUGGCUGAGGCUGCCGACUGUGCUAAGCUAUACAGCAGUUGCCUUCCCGCGGAUUGGAAACCCCAUCAGCUGGCUGGCCAACUGUCGAAGUCACCUUGUCUUGCAAUGGCUGUCUUACGUGACGGUGCAGUCACGUGUUACGACACGUUAUGUGACAGCUCGCCCAAGCUGAAAUCUUUAGCCGCAAAUGCCGGAACGUUCAUGUUGGCAGGGAAAACGCUAAAAGAGGCAAAGCGCAUGGUGGAAUGUUUCUUUGAUCGCCUGACUCCCAACAGAAAAGCCAGGAUAGAACUCAACACACCCUAAAUCGCCCGCGCUAUUCAAAACAGGGCCAAGGGCAAGCAUACAAAAUGUGAGCGGAUCUAGACAAUUGUGCGGCAAGAAUUCGUGUUAAAUAGAUCCAUUUGUGUCGGCGGAUUAGAAAGCAAUUGCUGGAACAUCAACUUGAAUGGCUUGCCGGAUAUCUAAAUCUGUACACUUUACUUCUUCUUUGAUGGUGCCAACUAACCAACCCACGGAAACAUUAAGAAUCCGAUGUUCGACACUUAUCCUUUCGCAGACAAACCAUUUGUUUACCUGGAGUCAAAAUAGACCUUCAUCGUGUAAAAUUUCGUAAAUUCUAAGAUUUCGACCGUUUGUGUGGCCUCCUUCUCUCGAAAAUUUUCCCCACCCAAGUAUACGUUUGUGUAGGACGGUCUGGCGAUUAAUUUUGGAACGGUUAUAAACAACCGUUCGCCGGAUUCGAUAGGAAAAUGGCACACAGUCAAAAUCAAAACCUAUUGAGUACCUACCCCUCCCCCUAACCUCCCCUUGUCCUCCCCUUGUCCUCCCCUUGUCCUCCCCCUAUCCGCCCCUAUCCGCCCCUAUCCGCCCCUAUCCGCCCCUAUCCGCCCCUAUCCGCCCCGCGGCCCGUUUCUCGAAUUCGCCGGAGACUUUUCGGGCCCGCAAAACCAUUUUUUUAGUUUAAAUCUGUAUCUAAAGAGGUGUAUACGCCUGAAACUUCUUAUAUGAAGAGAACCUCUGUUCAUAUUAAGAAUAUGUGAAUAAAACAGCUCUGUAACUUUCCGGCUGCGACCACUUUUCGGGGCCUUCGAGAAAUGGGCCCCUGGUUUGCAUUUACAUCCAAACAUCUUCACUCGCUUCUCUUCCCCUCGCUCUGUUUACGCGAUUUCCUUAUGGCCGGUGGACUAUGUAUAUACAGUCAGCUCCAUUGAGUUCGAGUGCUUGUCCUUGAAUGCCACUUGAAAAGAAUUCACGCAUCGUUUCCCGUCCUUUUGUAACGAGGUAAUCAAGUUUUUUCCCGAAUGACGGAGAUGCAUUCUUGUGGUUUGGGCCUCUUCUGCUGGUCAAGCUUUUUUUUUUUCAAUGGCAGUAUUUGAAAAGUGCUUCUUAUUUAUGAGCUUUUCUUAAAUUGGAUGUGUGGUUUAUCUUGGAGAGUAUUUAUAUUUGCACCCUUGAUUGUUGUACAACAGCUCGAUGAAUUAGCCCUUAGUAUCGAAUUCAUGCGCUUCGCAGAUUAGCAUUAAAGUAAUUCAAUUUUUGUACGUGAUAAGGCGCAUUUAGCCUUUGUAUAUUUUAGUAAAAUGCAUACAAAUAAACACAAAAACGUGUUA